AGCCGGCGGCGCGCGCCAUGGCGGCGGGUACACGGGGUAACAGGGGGUGUCCAGAUGUGGAUUCUGUCCCCCCACCGAUCCCGGUGCCGGUACCAGCAGCCUGGCAGCGUCCCUACCUGAACAUCUUCAAGCACUUCCGUGUGGAGGAGUGGAAGCGUUCUGCCAAGGAGGGGGACGUGGCUGCCCUCACGGACACGAGGCUGAAGGGAACAAUCUACCGGAUCCGGGGCUCCAACCCUGCCAGCAGUUACCUGCAGCUGCCCCGGGCUGGGACACAGUCACUGGGGCUCACGGGGCGCUACCUCUACCUGCUCUUCAGGCCCCUGCCCCACAAGCACUUCCUCGUUCACUUGGAUGUCACCACCGAGGAAAACCAGGUGGUUCGCAUCUCCUUCUCCAACCUCUUCAAGGAGUUCAAAUGCACAGCCACCUGGCUGCAGUUCCCCUUUGUCUGUGGAGCAGCCAAGGACUCAGCGGGUGACUCUGUGUCCCGGCGUGGUGCCUCUGGAGCAGCCCCUGCCGACGUGCGCUGGACGUGCCUGGUGCUGGACUUGCCCUCCAUCCUUUCCCUGUACCUGAACCGCCGGUACAGCCACCUCAGGGCUGUCAAGCUCUGCUCCAACCUGCUCGUGAAGAACCUCUGCACCAGCGACUUGGUGUUUGACCCAGGUGUGACCUUCUCCAAGGCCCGGCACACCGACCUGGCCUGCCGUGGGACCGCUCCCAUGCCAAGGGAAAUGGCAUUCCCUGUGCCCAAGGGAGAGAAUUGGCAUGACCUCUACGACUACAUCAGGUUCCCAUCCGAGGGGCUGAAGCUGCCGUACAACUCCAUCCAGAGGAGCUGUCCCAGUCCUGCAGCAGGUGACGGAGCCUCGGAGGAGCCUGUCCGCCAGCUGCCCCCGCCGGUGACGCUCACCAGGGCCGUGUGUGACCGCCUGUCCCUCAUCCACCACAUCACCAGUCCCAAAGCUGUGCCACGCCGCUCUCCUGUAAUCACAAAAAGCAUCCCUGAGGUUCACCUGACAGCCCCGAGAGCUGUGCCUGCUGGGCACCUGGUGCCAGAGGAGAACCAGAGACUGCACAGUGUGGGGGACACUGGGCAGCCACCAUCAGCCAUCCAUGUCUACGCUCAUCAGAGGGGUGGACGGACCACCCGAGCUGUCCCUGCCGGCUCAGAGGAGAGGCUCUUACCGGAUCCCAUCCUGAAGCUGAGAACGAUUAUUGGCUUUGGAGGCUGCAGCACCAAAUGGGCGCUGUGGACGCAGAACAACGCCGCGGUGGUGUACCCCUGCCACGCCGUCAUCGUCACCCUGCAGCUCCGCACCGGCGAGCAGAGGUUCUUCCUUGGCCACACAGAUAAGGUGUCAGCGCUGGCCUUCAACGGGAGCAGCACCUUGCUGGCCUCGGCGCAGGCCGGGCCCCGGGGCGUGGGGCGCCUCUGGGACUUCCGCACAGGCACCUGCCUGGCUGUGUUCAAAACCCAUGUGCACUCCCUCUGGUCCCUCAGCUUUUCCCGCAGCGGAGCCGUUCUGUGCGGAGUCGGGAGGGACGGGCAUGGCAAAACGUUGGUGGUGGUGUGGAACACUGCUCAAGUAACCCGUGGUGGAGGGGUGGCUGUGCUGGCCAAAGCACACACAGAUAUGGACAUCCAGGCCUUGAAGAUUGCUUUCUUUGAUGAGACCAGGAUGGUGUCGUGUGGCCGGGACAACAUCCGGCUGUGGCGAGUGCGGAGCGGGGCCCUGCACUCGUGUCCCGUCAACCUGGGCGAGUACCAUUCCCUGGACUUCACUGACCUGGCCUUCGAGGAGGGGCCCGUGGCUGAGCAGGAGCAGGAGGACCGUGCGCUCUUUGUCUGCAGCAAGAGCGGCCACGUGCUGGAGGUGGAUUACAAGAACAUGUCUGUGCGGAGCGCGCGGCGGCUGCUGCCGGCACAGCCCCGGGAACAUGGGCAGGAGCAGGCAGGGAGCAGCUCAGGCCCUGGGAUUGCUAUAAACAGUAUCAGUAUGUCCUUGACCUUCUGUGCCACGGGAUCAGAGGAUGGCUACGUGCGGCUGUGGCCACUGGACUUCUCAGCCGUUGUCUUGGAGGCAGAGCACGAGGCUCCGGUGAGUUCUGUCUGCAUCAGCCCCGACAGCCGCAAAGUCUUGUGCAGCACAGCUGCUGGGAGCCUGGGCUACGUGGACAUCCAGUCCCGGGACUACAACACCCUCAUGCGCUCGCACAAGGCCGCCGUGCUGGGCUUCUCGGUGGGCGGCGUUCGGAAGCAGAUAGCAACAGUGUCUCAGGACAGCACCAUCCGAGUGUGGGACCUGGUCUCCAUGCAGCAGCUGUAUGACUUUGCAGCCACAGAGGAAGCACCGUGUGCCGUGGCUUUCCACCCCACCUGGAAGAUCCUGGCCUGUGGAUUUGACAGUGGGACAGUGCGGACCUUCAGCUUGGCCGCCUCCAAUCUCCUGCUGGAGCACAAGCAGCACUGCACUGCCAUCACCGGGCUGACCUUCUCUCCAGAUGGCAAUUUCAUGUUCAGCUCCUGUUUGCAGGGCACUCUGGCUCUGUACAGGUGUGUGGCGCAGAAAAGCCACGUCCGGAGGGUCCUGGGAAACGUGGUGGCCCGGGAUGCUGGGAGCGGUUGGGAUGCCCUGGUGGUCAGUGGGGACAGUCACCUCCUGGCCUUCGUGGGGCCCUCCAAGUAUGUGGUGACCGUGAUGGAGGCCUGUUCUCUUGAUGAGCUGCUGAGGGUGGACAUCAGCAUUCUUGACUUGCACAGCACUGUCUUGGACUCUGCAGUGAGGGUCUGCUUUGGUCCUGUGCCUCAAGGCGAGCUCCUGGUAUCCACUUCUUCCAAUAAAAUCCUCGUGCUUGAUGCAAAAACAGGACGACUGGUGCGAGAGGUGUCCCCCAUGCACAAGCUGACGUGUUCUUCCUUUGCACUGAGCAGGGAUGGCCAGUACCUGCUCACUGCUGGUGACAAGGUUAUCAAAGUGUGGGACUACCGGAUGCGCUUCGAUAUCAACUUCCAGGUGUACAUCGGCCACUCGGAGCCCGUGCACCAGGUCGCCUUCACCCCGGACCAGCAGCACGUUGUCAGUGUUGGAGAUGCCAUCUUCCUCUGGGACUUCCUGGCUCCAGUUGGAGCAAGGUCACCCCCAACCAGGGCUCAUUCCCCCGCAUCUGCUCGGCUGCCAGGACCAGAAGGCAGCUCUGAGAAGCCAAAGGAUGUCUCUGAGACCCUUAGGCAGACAGUGCCUCUUCCACUGCUGUCCUCACCCCCGUGUUUGGAUAUCAGCUCUGCCCACCAAGCAGGAUAUCAAGGUAUUUUCUCUGAGUUGGACAAAAAGGAGGAAGCAGGUCUGCCAGGCAGCAGCAGGAUGGUGGCAAACAGAGACAAAGAUCCCUCAAUCUUUGUGGUGGAGUCAGACAGGAACAAGGAGCUUGUGAGGCCCAAAGUGAGGCAGGAGAGCCCAAGUUCUCCUGAAAAAUCAACAAAUGAAGCCAGGAAGGGAACCAAAACUCCCAAGUCCCAGUGCUCCAUCCGCCCGGAUUCCUACCGGCACUUCACUCCUCGCUUCAAGGCAUCGGUGCUGCCCCAGAGUUUCCUGUCUCCUCCAGCAGGCAGCGAGGUCUUGAAGCUGAAAGCAGUGAUCGGCUACAAUGGAAAUGGCAGAGGGAACAUGGUGUGGAACCCAGAUACAGGUACACUGGGAAUGCUCUGGGGGAGGGGCAGAGGAGCUGAUGUGCUUUGGGCUGUGGCACCUGUAGAGCCCCUGUUGCCCACCUUGUCCCUGGUGCAGGUGACCGAGGUGUGCUUCAGUCCUGACGAGACUCACUGUGCCACGUGCGGGGAGGAUGGCAGCGUGAGGGUCUGGGCUCUGAGCAGCACAGAGCUGGUGGUCCAGUUCCAGGUGCUCAACCAGAGCUGCCAGUGCCUGGCCUGGAAGCCUCGUCCCAUCGGGCUGUGGGGAGCUGAGAGCCAGCACGUGGUGGCAGGAUACAGUGAUGGCACCAUCCGUGUGUUCAGUGUUUCCAGGACAGAAAUGGAGCUGAAAAUGCACCCCCACAACGCUGCACUGACAGCAAUCACCUACUCCACGGACGGAGAAAUGAUCUUAUCAGGGGGCAAGGAUGGGCUGGUGGCUGUGAGCAGCCCUCGCACUGGAAUGACCAUCCAUGUCGUGGCUGACCACAAAGGCUCCCCCAUCACUGUUCUCCAGUGCACCAGGAAGCAGUACCACGACUUCGGGGUGGAAGGGGGUGAGCUCUGGCUGGCCACGAGCUCGGACCGCCGGGUCAGCGUCUGGGCCUCCGACUGGCUCCAGGACAAGUGUGAGCUCCUCGACUGGCUCAGCUUCCCAGCUCCUGCCGACCCUGAGGGUCUCGACCUCCCUCCCAGCCUGGCUGCGUUCUGCCCUUGGGAACAAGAUGUCCUGGUCUACGUGGGGUUUGGGAUGCAGGAGGAAGCCUUGUUCUACAAUCUGCGCAAGAAGCAGGUGGUCAGGAGAGUCUCCUUGCCAGCCUUUGCCACCUCGCUCAGCCUGUCCCCGGCUGCACCCUUCAUGGCCCUUGGCUUCCACGCCCAGGUGGGGAAGACGUCCCUGAUCAUGGCCCUGGUGGGCGAGGAGUUUCCUGAAGAGGUGCCCCCCCGGGCAGAGGAGAUCACGAUCCCGGCCGACGUCACCCCUGAGAAGGUCCCCACACACAUAGUGGACUACUCAGAGGCAGAGCAGACAGAGGAGGAGCUGCAGGAGGAGAUCUCCAAGGCCAACGUGGUCUGUGUGGUGUACGAUGUCACCAAGGAGGCCACCAUUGACAAGAUUCGCACAAAGUGGAUUCCCAUGGUGAACGGGGGACUUGAAAAGGGAUCCAGGAUCCCCAUUAUUUUAGUGGGAAACAAGUCUGACUUGCAGAUGGGCAGCUCCAUGGAGGUCAUCCUGCCCAUCAUGAACCAGUUCUCGGAGAUUGAGACCUGUGUGGAGUGCUCUGCCAAGAACCUCAAGAACAUCUCUGAGCUCUUCUACUACGCCCAGAAAGCUGUGCUGCACCCCACUGCCCCGCUCUACGACCCGGAGGAGAAGCAGCUGAAACCCACCUGUGCACGAGCACUGACCCGGAUCUUCAACCUCUCAGACCAGGAUAACAACCAGAUCCUUAGUGAUGAUGAACUUAACUACUUCCAGAAGUCCUGUUUUGGAAACCCACUGGCUCCACAGGCCCUGGAGGAUGUGAAGAUGGUUGUGUGGAAGAACACGACAGACGGGGUGCAGGACAACGGCCUGACCUUGAAUGGCUUCCUCUUCCUCAACACACUCUUUAUCCAGAGGGGCCGGCACGAGACCACCUGGACCAUCCUGCGCCGCUUCGGCUACGACGACGAGCUGGAGCUGACGGACGAUUACCUGUACCCACAGUUCCGUGUGCCCCCCGGCUGCUCCACAGAGCUGAACCACUUGGGAUACCAGUUCCUGCAGCGGCUGUUUGAGAAGCACGACAAGGACCAAGAUGGAGCCCUCUCGCACACAGAGCUGCAGAACUUCUUCAGCGUGUUCCCCUGCGUGCCCUGGGGCCCCGAGCUCUCCAACACGGUAUGCACCACUGAUAAAGGCCUGCUUUCCCUGCAUGGAUUCCUCUGCCAGUGGACGCUCGUGGCUUACCUGGAUGUACGGCACUGCCUGGAGUGCCUGGGCUACUUGGGCUACCCCAUCCUGUCGGAGCAGGACUCGCAGACACAGGCCCUCACAGUGACCCGGGAGAAGAGGAUUGACCUGGAGAAAGGGCAGACCCAGAGGAAUGUGUUCCUGUGCAAGGUGCUGGGAGCCCGGGGCGCAGGCAAGUCCGCCUUCCUGCAGGCCUUCCUCGGCAGGAGCCUGGCGGCCCAGAAGGAGAACCCGGGACAGCCAUCCCCCUACAGCAUCAACACGGUGCAGGUCAAUGGCCAGGAGAAAUACCUCAUACUGUAUGAGGUCAGCGCCGACUCGACGUUCACGAAGCCGUCAGACACAGCCUGCGACGUCGCCUGCUUCGUCUACGACCUGAGCGACCCCAAAUCCUUCAGCUACUGUGCCACUGUUUAUAAGCAGCACUAUAUGGACAGCCAGAUCCCCUGUGUCUUCGUGGCCUCCAAGACGGACCUGCCAGAAGCCAGCCAGCAGCCUGGGCUGGCCCCAGCUGAGUUCUGCUACAAGCACUGCCUCCCUCCACCCUUUCCCUUCACCUGCCACUGCCAGGGACCACCCAGCACUGCUGUCUACACCAAGCUGGCCACUGCUGCCACCUUCCCCCACCUGAAUGCUGUGGAGUUGGGAGUCGCAUCCUUCUGGCUCCGGGUGGCCCUGGGGGCCGCGGUGACAGCGCUGGUGGGGUUCACACUGUACCGUGUGCUGGCCAAGAACAAAUGAGAGCCACUCUGCACCCCAUCCCCCCCUGACACCAGCUCCCUGUCCCCAGCGACACCCUGGUGAGGGGCCCUGCCUCAAGCUGGUCCCUGGUAGGAAAUCCUCCUCUCCCCCAGCCUGGAUUGCAGGGCCAGUGAAACCAGACCUCUCAGCACCAGCAGGACAGAUCCCUGGCACCAGCCAGCCUCAACCUGUGGCCUCCUGGCCCCAGUGGCACCAGGGCAGGCAGCUCUGCUGGGGAUCUGCCUCACCAGCAGCUGGAGGAUCACCCUCAUCUUUUAUUCUGUUAAAUUUUUUUAAUGUUUGUUUUUAAGCUCGAACGUGAGUGUUUCAGUGUCUGUUGGGCCGGGCACAUCCCCUCCCCAGAGGGCUGUGCUGGUGGCCUCAAUUCUGGGAGGUGGUCAAUGCUCUCAGAGCCCCUGGGAGCUCCAGCAGCAGCUGAGCUGUCAAAUGAGCUCAUGGCUCCAGCUCCCUGGGGCACAUCUCCAUCUCCUGUCCUGGUUUCCCUCAGCCAGGGAAAGGCAGCUGGGGAGGGAGGGCCAGGCACUUAAAGCCCCCAGUCCUGGUGUUUUGGGGUCAGGCCUGGCCUCUCUUGCUGAGAUGCAGUGGCUGCAGCCCUGGGCUGUGAGGGGGGACAGUGAUACCCAGGGUCUGUCCCAGGCUCUUGUUUCUGCACAAAAAUGUGAGUCCCGCUGCGUGCUGGGCUCUGGGUCCAUCUGCCCUCCUUUCCUGCCACCUGCAUGGCCCAUCCUGUCCCCAUCCCUGGCCACCAGUAUUCAUGGUCACCAGUAUUCACAAGUCUCUGAGGGCAUUGGGUGCCCACAGUCCUUCCCUGGCAGUGCCAUCACUGAGCUGAUGGCACGCUGUGCCCUACAGCCCACGUCCUGCUGUCCCCUCUGCAGGGCCCUGUCCAGAGUGUGAGGCUCCUGGUACAACUGGAAGCUCCUUUCCCCUGUCCCCUGCCUGCACCUGAGCUGGCAUCAGCAGCCGGGACUGAGCUCAGCACCAGUCUGGGGUCAGAGCUCCACAGUGCCCCUGUCUCCAAGUCCCAAAGAGCAAGGCCAGCACCCACCCCUGGGCUCCUGUCCCUCCACGGGGAGCCUGGAUGAGCCCCUGGCUGAGAGACACCCGCCUGGGCUCCCCCAGCACACUCAGGGUCGGUCUCUUUGCAGGCAGCCUGGGGGGGCAGCUCCGAGGUAGCACCUGGAGCUGCUUUUUUAUGUGUUCUGUCUAUUUAAAUGUUUUACCGUGGCCUGGAGCCAGUGAGGGGCAUGAGAGGUGCCACCAGCAUCUCUCAGGGAACAGUCCCACAGUGGUGCCCAAAGUCCCCAGCACUGGCCAGCUGGGGGGUCCCUGCCUGUGCCAGAGCUGCUGUGCCGGUCGGGCGCCCACGUGCUGCUGGCCCCUGGUUCCUGGCACUGCCAGGGCCAUGUCCCUGCCGUGUCUUUAUCCCUCUCCAUGCCCACCAUGUGUGGCUCUGCCACCCCAGGCCCAUGCCUGGUGUCUGUCCCUGCUCCACGUCUGCUGGAGCUGUGAUGUUUUAGGUUUGUUCUCUACAACAAAAUAAAUUUUUACACACCUUC